UCGAGUGUCGUGCCCGGGCCUCGGCCUCGGCCACGCCGCGGCGAUGCGCUGCCCUGCCCGCGAGCGGGCCCUGAAGCGCUGUGCACUGAAGGGAGAUGGCGGCCGCGCGGCCUCGGGGCGCUCCGCGCAGGCGCAGGCGGGGCUCGGUCGCGUCAUCACCGUGCGCCCGCCGCGGCGCCGACGGCGGCGGAGGGGGUUCCUGCUCAGGACUGGAGAGCGCCGAGCGAACCGCAGCUUCUCUUUGGGUGCGAAGGCAGCCCGGUUCCCCCGCGUGCUCCAGCAGUGCGCUAUGAACAGAGGCACCGCUCGAGGCAAAGGCUCGUAUUUUACCGGUCCAAGACCUAACUACUCCAGCACUAACCCAGGUUUCUCCAACCGCCCCCACACCCUGCAGGAAACCAACCGGGAAGCCUUUUCACGACAGCAGUUCCUAGAAGGGCAGGACAGCAAAGUCCGUUCAAUUCAGGAGCUGCAACCGUACAAGGAGCCGCGCGUCGGAGGCUUGCGGGCUGUGACACCGGCUCCUGCAGGGAGAUGGCCGGCCAGGCGCGGCAGAGCAGGAUGCCAUAGGUUCUCCAACAGGGGCCAGCGGGUGGAAACUUCGUUGCAUUGUCGCCCUCCUCAGCACCGCGGUCAGGAGAACCGGGAGAGAGAUUCUGACACCAUAAGUCUGAAUUUCCAGAGGCUGUCUCUUGCCGGGCAGAACUAUGAACAGGAAAUUCUGACUACCUUCAGGCAGCUUGGGGUGGGGAAGACCUGUACGGUUUAUGAUCUUGCACGGAAGCUUAAAACUCAAAAGAAAGAAGUCAAUCGUAUUUUGUACAAGCUCCUCAAAGAAGGCAAAUUGCACAAAGGUGAAGAGACGCCGCCGCUGUGGAGGAUUGCCAGCCCAAGCGCGGGGAGAGAAAGAAACCCUCCUGAGCACGGGGGGAGCAGCGCGGCCUCAGCUUCUGAGGGCAGAGGGGAGAGGAGCGUGGCUGGCUCGAGAGACGUCAGCCCCACGAUGGCUGAGACAAAGGACAAAAUCUGCAACUACUUGUUCAGAGUGGCAGAAACAACGGCGCUCAACCUUGCCAAAAACAUUGGCUUUUCGAGGGCCAAGGACGUUAACGCCUUUCUCAGCGCUCUGGAGAAGCUGGGCGAUGUCCACAAGGAAAACUCGAACCCUCCACGAUGGUCCCUGACGGACAGGAAACGCGAGCGGAUGCAGAUGCGGCUGAAGGCCAGCGCGGGGACCAAAAGAGUAGAUCCCAACCCUGGGUCGAGUUUGCCAUCUUCCUCCGAUCCUCCAGAUCCGCAGGAGGUGACCGUGGCCGCAGCUUCACCAGCAGCAGCAGGAUCGAGCGUAGAGAACGGGCAGCAGCCUUUGGGACAGACCGGUCAGAGCAGCGACAGUGACACGGAAGCGGCCGUGCCCGAGGACACGAAGCCCCUCUUUUCUAGCUUCAGUACCUAUGACAGCUCUGAAAAUGGCAGGUGGGCUUCGGAUGAUAUCCCGGACAAUCUGAACACCAUCAACAAGCAGCCUGAGGAGUCCGAGUCCAUCAUGAACUCCCAGGCUUCCCCCAGUUACGCCGCCCAGUUUGAGACUGGUUUCCCAUGUACGCCGGUCGAGAAGCUGAUGGCUUGUCAGGAGAAGAACCCAGUGAGUGGCCUUACCGAAUAUUCCCAGUACACCUCCCAGCACUGUGAGUUUGACAUGCUGGAGCAGAGCGGGCCCUCUCACGAGCCACGAUUUAAGUUCCAGGCAGUGAUCAGCGGGCGCCGAUUCCCACCAGCAGAAGCAGGGAGCAAAAAGCUUGCCAAGCAGGAGGCAGCAGCUAAUGCUAUGAAGGUCCUGAUGCAAGAAGCAGAGAACGAAAGGCCCGAUGGAAUGAAAUGUGAAGAGCCGUUUCCAUCCAACAGUUCUGAAUCAGAACAGCCUUUGCACUCGGAGCCAGAGUCGUCGUCUGCGCCAGCUCAACUGAACGUGCUUCCCGGGAAGCACCCUAUCAGCGUGUUAAUGGAAUACGGACAAAAAUCAGGGAACACGAUUGAAUUCCAGCUGCUCUCUCAGGAUGGCCCCCCUCAUGAUCCUAGGUUCAGCUACUGUGUGAAAAUGGGUGACCAAAUUUUCCCUGCUGUGGUAGGAAACAGCAAGAAGGGAGCAAAGCAAAUGGCAGCAGAAGUUGCCAUGAAGAUUCUUUCUGGAGAGCCUGUGCCACGUGUCUCACCUGAACAGCCUGUCGUGAAGCCCCAGGGGGAGCAGUCCACGCGCGGCAGUGGAGCACAGGUCAUCGCUCCGGAUGAAUCCAAGGCAGCAAAAGCGAAGGGCGUUGGGGAGCUCAUCAAAUACCUUAACGUCAACCCUGUCAGCGGCCUGCUGGAGUACGCCCGCUCUAAUGGCUUUGCUGCAGAGUUCAAACUCAUUGACCAGUCAGGACCUCCCCACGACCCAAAGUUUGUCUAUCAGGCGAAGGUUGGAGGCCGCUGGUUCCCAGCUGUAACUGCACACAGUAAAAAACAGGGCAAGCAGGAGGCAGCUGACGCAGCGCUCCGAGUCCUGAUCGGGGAAACGGAGAAGGCUGAGCGCAUGGAGGGAAUCAACAUCACAGAGCAAUCCUGGUCUGCGUCCCCGUUCCAGCUCCCUGUAAGUGGCAGCACCCUCCACGAUCAGAUGGCCAUGCUGAGCCACCAGCGCUUCAAUGCCCUCACGGCUCGCAUCCAGCACAGCCUGCUUGGGCGGAAGAUCCUGGCUGCCAUCAUCAUGCGGAGGGGAAGCAACGACCUGGGAGCUGUGGUCAGCAUCGGAACAGGUAAUCGAUGUGUGAAAGGAGAAGAACUGAGCUUGAAGGGGGAGACUGUGAAUGACUGUCAUGCGGAAAUCAUUUCUCGAAGAGGCUUUGUGAGGUUUCUCUAUAGUGAGCUGAUGAAGUAUGAUCCGUCUAACCCUUCUUCUGCAGAAGAGAGCAUUUUUGAGCCAGCGGGGAAGAAGAGACUCAAAAUAAAGAGCAAUGUCACCUUUCACCUCUAUGUCAGCACAGCGCCUUGUGGGGACGGGGCACUCUUUGAUAAAUCCUGCAGCGAUCAGGCGAGCGCCAUGGGGCAAGCCCAGCAUCAGCCUCUCUUUGAGAACCCCAAGCAAGGCAAGCUGCGGACCAAGGUGGAGAACGGGGAAGGCACCAUCCCCGUGGAGUCGAGUGACAUUGUGCCAACUUGGGAUGGGAUCCAGCAUGGGGAGAGGCUGCGCACCAUGUCCUGCAGUGACAAAAUCUUACGCUGGAAUGUACUCGGUUUGCAAGGAGCGUUGCUGUCACACUUCAUAGAGCCAGUUUAUCUCAGCUCUGUUACGCUUGGUUACUUGUACAGCCAGGGCCAUUUGACGCGUGCAAUCUGCUGCCGCAUGGUGCGAGAUGGGGACGUGCUGCAGAAGAAGCUCCAGGCUCCGUAUCACAUCAACCACCCUGAGGUUGGGCGAGUCAGCGUAUACGACUCUGCAAGGCAGACGGGCAAGACGAAGGAGUCCUCGGUGAACUGGUGUCUUGCUGAUGAAAGCGAAGUUGAAGUCUUGGAUGGCACAAAGGGGAAAGUAGAUGGACCGAAGCUGGAGGUGUCCCGUGUAUCGAAGAGGAAAACAUUUGCCCUGUUCCAGCAGUUAUGUGCCAAGAACAACUACAAGGACCUGCAGAAGCUCUUGGUGUACUCAGAAGCUAAGGAGGCAGCCACGUCAUACCAAGAAGCUAAGCAGUGCUUCUUCAGCGCGCUAGAAGAGAUGGGCUACGGCAGUUGGAUCCGCAAACCCCAAGAGGAAGAUAAUUUCUCUUUCCUUGAUGCAUAAUGAGAUUCCCUGGGGGUGUGUGGCUGAGCGCGCAGGUGGGAGCAUGGGUGUGCGCGUCCAUCUUUCACCACCGCCUUUUUGAAAUGGAGUCAGUAGUGUGCAGCAGUUUCCCCUGUAGGCCUGGCUGCCUUCUCUCUGCUCCUGUUACUCUGAGACCCUGCCCUUUCUCUUUUAAAACAUGCAUGAAAAUUGUUGUAUUUUUUUUAAGCUGGGGCAGGCUCAGUCUGUUUGCUUUUAUGUUCACAUCUUCUCUUUUUUAAAAGAUGGCACAAGAAACCAGAGGGAUUCUUGGACUGCAAACCUGAAACACUGCACUGUGCACUGCAGCUCCCUCUGGCAGGUUUUGAGGCAAAUUCUCUCUUUUGAGAAAGCUGGCUGGUCUCAUGUCUCUUGUUCUCUCUGUUGGAUGGUGACUGGCAGCCCGUCUGGGCUGGGACACAGACUGAUCUCUGCAAGGCGGCCAGCAAAACAUUCCCUGUUUAAUAAAUUUUCUGUAUUGUUAACUG